GAAUCAAACAAGCUUAUCAGAAAAAUCGGCUAAAUGGAGUCGGAGCUGGAGGAGACACUAGCUUUGCUGGACGAGGUACCAGCAGCUUCAAACGAGCUACAACUGCGCGACUUCCCUUCGUCCAUUGCUGACUGGACACCGGACUUACAUUGGGGGAUACUGGACGACGAUAAUGGAGACUGUAGUGGUGCAGAUGCGCCUGCCAUCACUUGUUCUGAAAGAGCAGUUGUCGAUCCAUCGGACAGGAAGGCGAGGAAGAAAACUAAUCCGAACAAAGCUCGUGAUGGACGUCGCAUUCAGCUGGUAGAGCUGAAGGGCCAAGUGGCAGAGCUGGAGUUCACUCUUAAGCGGCUACAAACUAUCCGAAGCCAGCGACUCAGCAGGUUUGAGCCUCCGAAUCACGUUAGCGGAGUUCCCCGUGUGUGGCAGGAGAUAUGCUCUCGGCAACUUAACAGAAGGUUGGAGGCGGAGCGUGAGAAUAUGAAGCUGAAACAGCGGUACGAGAAGGAGAAACAACUUGCCGAGAGCUUAGAAAAGAUGCUCUUCAAACGACGUGCCACGUGGUACGACACAGAGCCUCAAGCGACGAAGCAAACGCGACGAACAGAUAUCCCUGCUGGGUACAUUGAGCGCAUGGCGGCGAUAAUUUUCAAGGAACUCGCAGCCGGGAUCAAGAUGUGUUAUGGCAGGUUGGAGAGCGUGUUCAAGACCACAGACGCCGUUCCUGUGGAAUUGGUACGACACAGUGGUUUACUCGAUGGAGCAAAUAAAGUCAAGGGUACAGAACGGAAGUUUUACGACAGCAGAACAAUGCCUUUUGACAUGCGCACGACGGGAGAUGCUUGGUGGGAGAACUGGCACAACUACAGAGGCCAGCGCUUCCAAGACAUCGCAGCGAACGAGGUAACCGAGAGCUUUGGCCUCGAGAUGAGCGACUUGAAGAUCAAUGUGACGGGAACAGCGUAUGCUCAGCAGAUAUCCCAGCGACAUAUUGAAGAUACGCGUAUUGUCUUCUUGUGGGAUGCAUACGUGGAACCGUUUGGCUUUGCCAAUGAACCUGUUGGUGGGGUUUAUUUUCUAGAGCAGAAUUAUGUUUUGGUUGAGCCUGAAGAAUGGAGUUCUGAACGGGGUCAUGACAGUAGCGACGGCUAUGCAACGCGAGUGUCAACUUGCUUUGUGCUCACACCUUAUUUUCUGGAUCCGAAGCUCAAAGACGACGCCAAGACGACGGCAGUGAUUAACUUUUUAGUGAGUGCGAUGGUCACUAACGCCAUGGCUUUGAGCGGGAUGGUGGAGACUCUGCUUUUAGACCAAGUACUGCUGCAAUACAGCGAUACAUAAAACGUGAAAGGAAAUGUUUGAUUCCCUGUGUCUCCACAACGAGCGAACGCGUUAGUUACGACUGGUGAUCGUAUUUUACCUUCUCGAGCCGUGUAUUCAUGCAGUCUGAAGGGAACACAGCGUUGUAGCUAGAUGGAAUAAUGAUGCGGUUGAUCUGAAUUGAGAGUGGCUGUGUCUAGUUGCUACAACAAGCUGGACGCUCAAGGAAAUUAGUUUAAUGUUGAGCUUUUAGAUGUACAAGUCCGGUGUGCUGAAUCUGAGUGUCCUCAUUUUUCUUUUGAUUUAUCCUAUUGCUGCAAGACGAACU